AUGGCCACCUUCCAAAACCUCCAAGUCAUCAACAACGACAUCUCCACCACCACAACUUCUCUUUCAUCGUCUUCAUAUAACAACUCUUCAGAGGAAACAUCAACGUCACAGCCUCUCAUAAUGUCCAUGUUCGGAGCGCUGAAUCGCUUCAUAUCGCGAUUAGACGCCGCACCUCUCAACGAAGAGCAGCAGUCUGCUACCAAUGGCGCAUACGGAUUUCAGGUGCUGAGGAAUGCCAAUUUAGAAGUCCCUCUGGAGCCGUGGUUUGAUUUCGUCAUUGGAAUCAAUGGGCGAACUAUUGGCCAAAAGAUCCGGGAAGUCUAUCUACAAAUUCCCGCCGACCAGCCUACACUAGGCAUCUCCCUGCAAUGGUCUCCACUUUCCAUUGCAGAAGACGUCUGGCACAUCCUAGACGUGGCUCCCAACUCGCCCGCCGACGCCGCGGGGUUGCUUCCCUACGGUGACUACGUCAUUGGCAGCCCUGAAGGGCUUGUGCGCGGCGAGUCCGGCUUGGGUGAGCUUGUUGAAGACUUCCUGAACAGACCGUUGAGACUAUACGUGUACAACCACGAAUACAACGUCACCCGGCCUGUUACCAUUACGCCAACGCGCAACUGGGGCGGUGAGGGUGCGUUGGGUUGUGUUUUGGGCUUUGGCGCUUUGCAUCGCAUCCCAGCGGGGUUGGACGAGCCGCCGCCAGCGCCUGGGGAGACGUUCUUCUCCACGGGCGAUGCUAGCGGGGCUACUUCGUUCGACGAGAAACGCCCUUUGACUGGCUCCAUUGAUUUUCCUGCCGCUCAGCCCCAAGGUGCACCGGCGGAGUUGUUUGUACCGGCGAACAUGGCGCUACCGUCGAAAUCUCCGCCGCCUCAGGCCCCGCGGGUGGUGGCGGUGGUGGGCUGGACGACUACUUCAAAGAAGGCGAGCAGAAGAGUCUAG